AGAUUAGGUCACCAACAACAAACAAAGAGAGAUCAAACACACAAACACUCAGAGAUAGCAAAAACACAGCAUCAAUGGAACGAGGGUUUAUUUUCUCUCUAUUAGCCGUUUUUUCCGUCAUUUCCCUUUCAAUUUACAUCACCACCCACCAUUACAAUCACAAUAACCGUCACCCUUUUCUUCCUUCUCCUUCUCCUCCGACUUCCCUCAUUUCCAAGUCCGACGACAGAAUCUGGCCUAAAUUGGAGUUGAAUUGGAGAAUUGUGAUGGCAACGAUAAUAGGGUUCUUGGGUUCUGCAUUCGGAACAGUUGGUGGUGUUGGUGGUGGCGGCAUUUUUGUUCCCAUGCUUACUCUAAUCGUUGGAUUUGAUACCAAGUCUGCUGCUGCUCUUUCUAAGUGUAUGAUAAUGGGGGCAUCAACAUCAUCAGUUUGGUAUAACCUAAGAGUACCACAUCCAUGCAGAGAAGUACCAAUUCUAGAUUAUGAUUUAGCACUCUUAUUUCAGCCUAUGCUCAUGCUUGGAAUCACUCUUGGUGUUGCUCUUAGUGUUGUUUUCCCUUAUUGGCUCAUCACUGUUCUUACCAUACUCCUAUUUUCAGGGACAUCUUCAAGGUCUUUCUUAAAAGCUAUAGAGAUGUGGAAGGAAGAGACAAUAAUGAAGAAAGAAAUGGAAAGACCACGAGAGCCAACUGUAAAUUCUCGUGGUGAAUUGCUUAUUGACACAUACGAGCCACUGAUUCCUAAAGAAGAGAAAACGCCAAUGCAAAUUUUUCUGUUCAAUUUACGUUGGGAGAAGCUAAUGGCCCUGAUAGUCGUAUGGGCUGCUUUUCUUGCUCUUCAGAUCAUUAAGAAUGACUUAGUAGCAUGCAGUACAUCAUAUUGGGUAAUCACCAUAAUACAGUUCCCUGUAGCAUUAGCAGUAUUUGGACACGAAUGCGUUAAGUUGUACAAAGAAAGCAAGAAGCGUAAAAGCAUGGGGAAUCCUGAAUCAGUGUGUGAAGCUGCAAUCGAUUGGACUGGGCCCCACCUUACGUUUUGUGCAUUUUGUGGGAUUUUGGGUGGCACAGUUGGUGGGCUUUUGGGGUCCGGUGGUGGCUUCAUUCUUGGCCCACUUUUACUUGAGAUCGGUGUCAUGCCACAGGUUGCAAGUGCAACAGCGACAUUUGUGAUGAUGUUCUCAUCAUCAUUAUCUGUAGUCGAGUUUUACCUUCUCAAAAGAUUCCCAAUUCCUCAUGCCUUGUAUCUUAUGGCAGUAUCUGUAACAGCUGGCUUCUGGGGUCAGUUUUUCAUCAGAAAACUUGUUGCAGUACUAAAAAGAGCUUCAAUUAUCGUCUUCAUUCUUUCAGCUGUCAUCUUCACCAGUGCUCUUACAAUGGGGGUUAUUGGCAUUGAUAAAAGUAUGAGGAUGACCCAUAAUCAUGAAUUCAUGGGAUUUCUUGAGUUUUGUAGCAGUCAAUAGGUGUGGAAAACAAAGGGUUGAAGAAAUUAGUGAAGAAAAAAGAUGGAAGAUAUGGUGUUCAUGUACAGAAUGUAUAAUCUAGUUGUAGGCACAUCUGGUGUCCGGUGUCCCCUUUUCUACGUUCAUCAAGUAGGAGUUGUUUUUUUUUUGUUUUUUUUUUUAGCUUCAUUGUCCAAAUUUUGGUAGCAUAUACUCAGUAAUUCGACUCAUUUAGUUAGAAUGGGAAGAAUUGAGUUACAUAUAUUCAUUUUUUCGUGUUGGUGAAUUCUAAUUAAGACCGUGCAUGUCAAUGACUUAAUGCAAUCAAUAAUUAAUUUAUAUAUUUUUAACAAACUAGGUUAGAGACCUAUGUAUUACAUUGUUUGACAAUUUAGAAAAUCAAACUACAUUAAUAAAAUAUGAAAAAUAUAAAAAUACAACAUUAAAAUAUGAAGAAAUAUAGAAAAUAUGAAAGAUUAUGUGUAACAUCCAAAAAAAAAAAAAAACAGAUAAAAAUUUUGAUUUUAUAAUUCAUUCCAUUCAUAAGAAACUGAUAUCAAAGUAAUCAAAAGGGUCACAUUGUAUCAUAAUAUCAAACUACAAAUCCCAAAAUCACUAAGUGCGG